GCGGGGCGAGCCUUAUCGGGGGGGUGGGGGCGGGGGGGCAGCAGCACCCAGAGCGGCACCCACCCGCCAUGGCGGGCCCCGGGGUGCUGCUGGCGCUGGGGGUGCUCCUGGCGCGCGCCCGGGGGGGGUCGGGGGGCGCCCCCCCUCCCCCCGGCGACUUCGAGGUGGAAGCGGGGGUGCUGCUGGCGGAGGAGCCGCUGGACCCCAAGUGCUUCUCGCGGCGGCUGCACGACCUGACGUGCUUCUGGGAGAGCGACGCCCCCCCGGAGCCCGGCGCCUUCCGCCUCCAGUACCGCUUCGAUGCUGCUGGGCCCCCCCGAGAACGUGUCAGUGGGGCCGGGGGGGGCGCGGGGGCAGCUCUGCGUGCGCUGGCAGCCCCCCCCCAACCGCUACCUGGAGUCCAGCCUGGCCUACGAGCUGGCCCUGCAGGCGCCGGGGCUGCCCCCCCGCACGACAUGGACCCGGUGACGCUGGGGCUGUCCUGCCUGCUGGCCCUGCUGCUCCUGGGCCUGGGGCUGCUCGGCCUCCUGGGCCACCGCAGGCUGCUGCAGGAGAAGCUGUGGCCGCCGGUGCCGGGCCCCGAGCGGGAGUUCGAGGGGCUCUUCAGCGCCUACGGUGGAAUUUCCAGGUGGGGGGGCCGGGGGGAACCGGGGGGGCUGGGGGCACGGGGGCUGUGGCUGUGCCAGGGGGUGGGGGCUCCCUGGGCCCCCCCCGGCGGAGCCCCCGAGGCCGAGGAGCUGCCCAGUGCCGUGGAGGAGGUGGGGCCCCCCCUGGGCAAGGGUCCCCCCACGGAGGGGUCCCACCCCACCGCCACCCCGCCCCCCGGCCCCUCGCCCGCCUCCAGCUUCGACCCCCCGCCCCGCGGGCCCUAUGCCAACCUGGCCCCCCACAAAGGGCCCCCCCCCGACGGGACCAGCAGCGAUGGGGACCCCCUCGCGCUGGGCCCCCCCACCCCGGCCCCCCCCACCCCGGCCCCCCCCUACGUGCUCUGCUCCUAA